AUGCAGAUCAUCAAGCUUCUCGCUUCCAGCCUCGCUGUCGCGGGUAUAACAACCGCAUCACCGGUCGCGCAAGACCGCAACCACACCCUGAGCUGUGCUAUGACGCAGGACGACAGCAAUCAUCACAACAACAAGACCCUGUUCCAACUGUUUGGACGAUCCGCCGCUGUUCCUUUCAACAGUACCGAUAUGCAACAGCAUGUGGUCAACCAGACAGAGUCGACCGUCACUGGACAGGAGAGCCACAAACGGCACAUGGCGGCAGCGAGUGAGGCUGAGGGACGACCGGGCAAAGUUCCUUACCGAAAGUUCCCACCUUGCUACGUCAAAUGUUUCGAUUCAGAAAGCAUCACUUCCAAGACGUCGAUGUUUAUCGGCGACAUUCGAGAUCUUACAACUUACGAGUUCUGCGAAUCUCAAGCUGGAUGGGUUGGAACGUGGAUUUUUGAUCAUCUCCAAUACUGCGUUCAUGGAGAAUGUUCUCACUGCGUCCCUGGAUGCGGUAAGGACUCCGGGAAGGUAUACGAAGAGAUUUGUGGGUACAAGUGGUGCGAAAAGUGUUGGGGAUAA